AUGUCUGCCACUCAUCAACAUCCACUAUCAACACCUGAAUUGCCUUUUGGUUAUUCCCCUCGGCACAGCACGGAUCAUCAUUCUUCCUCGGAGGCGACCAGUCCCCCUGGCCGCGAGCCGGCCUCGACGACCUCGGCAUCGAGUGGAGAUGAUACGCCUGGUAGGAGGGUUAAGUUUGAUGGCUAUCCAGCUUUCGAUCCCACGGUUGGUAGCGAGUCUGUGGUCAGCGGAGUUCAGGCGUUCGAAUGUCGUGGUGACACUGACGAGCUGCAGGAACGAAUAACUGCUCUCUCGAAUGCUGUUUCACAGGCUCAUUUUGAGCUGAAUGAAGAGCGGCAGAAGCGACGUCUAUUAGAGCUGGAAAAUGAGACGUUGAAGCUGAAGGUGUUGUCUUUGAGUAUGAUGAGCCCGGAGGCCGCAGGCGCAUUGGAAGCUGCUGUUGAUGAGGGUUAUGGGAUCAGUAAUGGCCUGGACCUCUCACAGAUCUACCUGGGGAGUAACGCGGGUCAUCAUAACCGCAGUCGUGCGAUGACAACAGUUGAAGGUUUGGCUCAGAAUUCGUUACCGGUGUGCCGAAAGGCAUCAAUUGAUGAUGCUAUGUUGGCCAUGGCAUUCGAGAACAAGGAGGAUGUGUUGGUUGUACGUCACAUUGGGAGCCUUGGCUUUGGACCAGCACAGACACUAGCUGCUUACUUGUCGGUAUUCGGUAAAGUACAGGAGGUCAUCGAGAUAGAGGAUAGGGAUGAGGCUAUCAUCGUUAUGACCGAUGCUUCGGAUAGCAGUCCUGUCUACCCUCAUGCUGGCUGGCUAUCGGCGGCUCACGACACUGACUCGUUGUCGAUGCCUAAUGGUAGUCCUGAUAGCUCGUCGCUCCUCUGGCAUGUUACAACUCCCAGUGGUUUGGGUGUACAUCAGAGCUCCCUGAGGAGUCAUGCUCAGACCUGGGAUGCCAGCAGAAAGUCGCGACCGGAGCCUUCGACGUUUGCUGGGGACAACGAGCCGCCUCGGAUGAACCUCUUGGAGGCGUUACAAGUCUUCAACGAAGAGGAUGAGAAGAGGGUCUUUACGGUUCGGAAAGUGCACAAGCUCGGUUUCAAAUCACAGUAUGCUUUAAAGAAGUACUUUAGCCAGUUCGGUAGAGUGAAGGACGUUGUUCUCCUCCCGAUGAGAGCCAAGCCGAAGCCAGGCCCGCAUGGUCAAGUUCGUGCUGUUCGACCGAGCUCGAUGGGCUUUGUGGUCAUGCAGUGCCCUGAAGAUGUACAGAGGAUUCUCGCCUAUGGGGACACGCAUACAAUCAAGGGCUGGCCGAUUGAGGUCCGCCCGUUCGUUCGACCUAGCGAUAAACAAGAGUCGAAGGUUGGUACCUGUGAUGAAGGCGUCCACGCUUCGGCGACUGGGUUGCCCAAGGAGGGCAGCAGUGAAUAA